UGGUGGUUAUGUUGAAGCUAAAAUUGUCUCACUGAAUCCUGGGGGAGGGGGAGUGAUGGAGGUUUGCACCUGCUGCUGCCAUGGCAAAUUUUGGGUUCUUCCACCUGCUAAAGAAGAAAAAAGAACUUAUUCCUCUGGUUGGAUUUAUGGGCUUUGCUGGACUCUGGGCAACUUAUUCUGCAUUUUAUGCCCUUGGCAAAACUGAUGUGAUUAUCAAUAAACAUGGCAAUCCAGAACCAUGGGAACACAUUGAUCCUACCAAACCCCAGAAGCUGAUAACAAUCAACCAGGAGUGGAAGCCCAUAGAAGAGCUGGAGAAAGUCCGAAAAGUUAUGAAGUAAUCCAGAGGCAGGCUUUCCAAAUAACACUCUAUGAAUCUAGUGGAAUCAUUUCUGCACAAACUAGAUGAUUGAAACCAGUGUGCGGAAAUGCUUCUGCUACAUUUUUAGGGUCUCCCUCCAUUUUUUGGGCUCUGGAUGAGGACGUUACUGUUUGCUUUGCAAGUUGCCCUACAUGCAUCCACACAGUCCCAAAAUAAAGGGCUGGUUCACGCUCGCCACAGCCACGUUCGUUUUGAAACAUACCAUUUGGCAUUCUAGCAGGAGGUAAAAGACUUUUGUGAGCUUUCAAAGGAGUUGCAUUAUUUUUGUCUGAAGCUAUGCUGUGUAAUUCACGAUGUUUUUUUCAAUAAACGCAGAUUUGUAUUCUGAAUGGAA